AUGAAGGCCAUCCCAGAGGCUGUGGAGCUUUUCAGCUUGUUGGAGUGUGUGUACUCUUUCUUCAGCACCUCCCUAUUCACCAGCAGACAGGUUUUUGUAUCACGUCUUUUCACUGUGGGGAGUUAUUUGAUCUUUGGCUCUGGAACUAGACUCUUUGUUUCAGACGAGGAGCAGGUGGUGAAGCCCGUGGUGAGCGUGUACCCGGCAGCAUCCAGAGGCCGGCUGGAGGAGAAGAGCUCCCUGCUGUGUUUGGCCUCAGCCAUGUUUCCUCCUGUGGUCAGAAUCUCCUGGAGACGACAAACGGAGAGUGGAUGUUUAGAGGAGCUGCCCUCUGCUGACGGACAGCAGCUGGAGCUCAGAGAGUCUGGAUGUACUGCCUCCGUCUUACAGAUCUAUCAGACAAAGUUCAGCUAUGAAUACAGCUGCUACGUGCAGCAUGAGGGGGGAACAGUGGAGGCUCUGAUAGAUACAGCACCUGCAGCGGAUCCCUCUGUCCCGUCUCCAUACAAGGUGAAGCUGCUCUUACUGCUCUACACAGUGCUGACAGUGAAGAGUCUGGUGUACUGCUGUGGACUCUUCCUGCUGACCGUCCUCAGGAACAUCUCAUAAAUGUAUCUCCUUUAUCACUUAGAUGAAUUUAAAAAUGUCAAUCAUGACUAUAUAUAUGCAAUUAUGAUCAAACAACAUUUUGCAGCAGUGUAAAACAAAUCCUAUAUUAUAUACAGUAAAUGUUAUUGUUUUGUAUAAUACUUUAGCAAAUGAUGCGCAAUGUUUAGAGCUAUUAGCGGCUAAGAUGCUUUCUUAAUUAAUCAGGCCCUCAGUCUCUCGUAACAAGCUCUCUUUAUAGUUUCACACACCACAGAGAAUAAAAUGUACAGGAAGAUAUGAAUACAAGCACACACAUUGACCAGGAACAAAAAGCUCACAAAGAAAAGUAAACUUGUAAAAAUUCAGUGUGUUGAUUUGUCUGCAGGUUCACUGUUGACCCUUUUAAACGGUGGUGUCAGUGUUGAUGUAGAGCUCUACGCUGAUGAUAUUCUUGUUUACAUGUAGAAACAAAACAUGACAUAGCAGCUUCUUCAGUGGAGAGCUGAAGCUGAAAGAUUAAAAAAAACAUGCUGUGUGCUUUUCUUAUUUUAUUUUCUCGUUUAUGGAUAAACUGCUUUUUUUCUGCUAAUUUACAAUAAAAUGUUUUAACAAAUCAAUACAGACUGUGUAUAAAAUAGUGUAAAUAUAGUGAUUUUACAUUUUAGCUAGUUCACAGUGUGCCUGUAAAAAAUAUUGCUUUUUUAAAGUAAAUGCAAUAAAAAAAAAUGUAUGUUGAACUGACGAGCUGAAAGAAUAAAGUCGCAUAUAUUAAA